GCACUUCUAUCUUCAUUUUCUUUUCACUUUUUUCCUUUGAAUGGUUUUGUUGCAGACAUGGCUACUGAGUUGAUUACGAGUUACAGAAACAACAACGGUUUCACAUCGAAAGUGGAAGAAACCGCUGUUCAAGAAGCUGCUUCUGGGCUUCAAAGUGUCGAGAAACUCAUUAGAUUACUCUCUGAGACUUGUAAUAAUCAAUCUUCUUCAAUCUCAACGAGAUCCUCCACGGAUUUAGAAAUGGACUGCAAAGUUGCAGCCGACGUUGCUGUUCCCAAGUUCAAGAAAUUUAUCUCUCUUCUGGGUCGAACCAGGACCGGCCACGCCCGUUUUAGAAGAGCCCCGAUCCCGUCCCCUGCUUCAAAUCAAGAUCAGGAAACAAAUGUUUAUUACCCAACGCCGAUCAAGCAGAUUCCACUGUCGGUCACUGCUUACCAUCAUCAUCACCAGAGUGGGGGUUUAGAGAGGAAAGAUUCAUCAAAAAUCAUCAAUUUUUCAUAUUCUUCAGCUGGGAAUUCGUUUAUGUCAUCACUGACGGGAGAUACUGAUAGCAAGCAACCAUCUUCUUCAUCUGCGUUUCAAAUCACUAAUCUUUCUCAAAUCUCCUCUGCUGGGAAGCCUCCUUUGUCUUCUGCUUCUUUGAAGAGGAAGUGUUGCUCUGAGAACUUGGGUUCCGGCACUAAAUGCAACGGCUCUUCUGGUCGCUGCCAUUGCUCUAAGAAAAGAAAGCAGAGAUCGAAAAGGGUUGUAAGGGUUCCGGCGAUAAGCCUAAAGCUGGUCGAUAUCCCACCGGAUGAUUACUCAUGGAGGAAAUAUGGUCAAAAACCAAUCAAGGGUUCUCCACAUCCCAGGGGUUACUACAAGUGCAGUAGUGUAAAAGGAUGUCCGGCUCGGAAGCAUGUGGAAAGAGCUUUAGAUGAUCCAUCGAUGCUUAUUGUUACCUAUGAAGGCGACCAUAAUCAUUCUCCCUCUGUUGCAGAAACUAGCAACCUCAUCCUAGAAUCUUCAUAGAUCAACUUUCACCUUUGAUUUCUCAAACAUUUCCCUGUAAUAUAUAUGCCUAAGCUUUCUCUAAUUCAAAGGAAGAAGAAAUGGUAGAUUUUGCAAUUAUUAUCAAAGAAAGAAAGUGGGAUUCAAUUCCAUUUAACAUUUUAA